AAUGUUUCCUUUCUCUCCCUUUUCUUGGUCGCAGGUCUCGGCAAGGUGGUUCACCUGGCGCAUACGAUCGCAGCUUCAGGUGGAAAUACCACCAGUUCCGUUUCCUAUGCCAUUCCAAUGCCUUGCCCAGCCACGUCAAGAUCUCUGUGUCCAGGCAGACGCUGUUUGAAGACUCGUUCCAGCAGAUCAUGAAUGUGAAGCCCUACGACCUUCGGCGCAGACUCUACAUCAUCAUGAGAGGAGAGGAAGGGCUGGACUACGGCGGGAUCGCCAGGGAGUGGUUCUUCCUGCUGUCCCACGAGGUGCUGAACCCCAUGUACUGCCUGUUCGAAUACGCCGGCAAGAACAACUACUGUCUGCAAAUCAACCCCGCCUCCUCCAUCAACCCCGACCACCUCACAUACUUCCGCUUCAUCGGACGCUUCAUUGCCAUGGCGCUGUACCACGGGAAGUUCAUCGACACGGGCUUCACACUACCGUUCUAUAAGCGAAUGCUGGACAAGAAACCCACCCUGAAAGACCUGGAGUCCAUAGACCCUGAGUUUUUUAACUCCAUCAUGUGGGUCAAAGAGAACAACCUGGAGGAGUGUGGCGUGGAGCUGUAUUUUGCACAGGACAUGGAGAUCCUCGGGAAGGUUUCCACCCACCAGCUGAAAGACGACGGCGAGAAUGAGCUAGUCACAGAGGAGAACAAGGAAGAGUACAUCGGCCUGCUGACAGACUGGAGGUUCACUCGCGGAGUAGAGGAGCAGACCAAAGCCUUCCUGGAUGGCUUCAACGAGGUGGUUCCUCUGGAGUGGCUCCGCUACUUUGAUGAAAAGGAGCUGGAGCUCAUGCUGUGCGGAAUGCAGGAGAUCGAUAUGGCUGAUUGGCAGAAGAACACCAUCUAUAGACAUUACACCAAGAACAGCAAGCAGAUCCACUGGUUCUGGCAGGUGGUGAAGGAGAUGGACAACGAGAAGAGAAUCCGUCUGCUUCAGUUCGUGACAGGAACGUGCCGGCUGCCUGUCGGAGGCUACGCUGAACUCAUAGGAAGUAACGGUCCCCAGAAGUUCUGCAUAGACAAGGUGGGGAAGGAGACUUGGCUUCCAAGAAGCCACACAUGCUUCAAUCGUCUGGAUCUGCCGCCCUACAGAAGCCUGGAACAGCUCCGAGAGAAACUCCUGUUCGCCAUCGAGGAGACGGAGGGAUUCGGACAGGAGUGACGCGAGAAAAGAAACGGAGAAAAUUCAAUUCAAUGGGAUAGUUUUUCUUAUUAAUAUAAUUAUUUUGCAUUUGUUAAUCACAGGGCUGAUCACCUGUUGCCCUUCACCUGAGAAAGUCUGUGAACUGAAUCAUACGAGAAAAGUUGGAGGACGAGUGUGCUCGCAUGUGUGUACACGUGUGUGUGUGCGUGUGUGUGCUUGCAUACAUUACCGCUACUGUGUACAUGCAUAUAAAUGGUGUGUAUGUGUGUGAGUUGGAAGGAUGGCACAUGAAGAUAGUUUUAUAUGAUGAGAAGCUCAAACGCUCCCCCCACACCUACACCUCUACUCACUGCUUAGAAACGCACCGAAAUCAGACGACAGGAUAGUUUAAAUGUCACAACAGCACAGCUUCCCCUCCAAUGCAGUAUAACAUAUCUACCAGAGAGACGUACAUUUCUAACAUUUAAAGUGACAGAGAGAGAGAAAGAGAGAGGCAGUGUAUGAGAAGACCUUGUUUGUGUGUUUGUGUGUGAUGUGUGUGUGCGUGCGUGCGUGCGUGCGCAAGAGGCAGGGAGCUGUUAUCAUGAACCAGCGCACCUCUGUGACAGAGGCCAGAGAGAUGAGAUGUGAUUUUAUUUUUCAUUUUUUCAUGUUACUUGUGAAAUUCAGCAUUUUUCUCCUGUACAUAGCUCAAAUAAAUGAGAUUUCAAUCCUG